AGGAGGAAAGUUGUGAAUGAGCUGUCAGUGGCUGGCCUGUCCGAUCACAAGUAAUAGAGCUAUUAGUUGUCUUACACAUGCAGAAAAUAGCUUGGCUAUUAGUCUGUGAAGUGUUAAAACACGUCCUCCCAGCAGAUCACUCCUGAGCUCUGCUCAGUAUAGGUGUAGCUGAGAUUUCCUGCCUCCACUACCUCUUCCCCAUGGCUUGUUCCAGUUCCUCUCUAUGGGCUCUGCUGCUCACAUUGUUUGGUAUACAGCUGGCUUGGGCACAGUUCCCCAGGGUUUGCACCACAGUGGAGGCACUGGUCAGUAAGCGUUGCUGUCCACCUCUGGACUCUGAUCCGGGCAAUGUGUGUGGCACACUGCAGGGUCGGGGCAGCUGCGUGCCAGUGGUUGUAGAUGAGCGGCCGUGGAGUGGACCAUACACCCUACGAAACGUGGAUGAUCGUGAGCGUUGGCCUCUGAAAUUUUACAAUGCCACAUGCCGGUGUACAGGAAACUUUGCAGGCUACCAUUGUGGAGAAUGUAAAUUUGGCUGGAUGGGACCCAACUGUGAUCAACGGAGGCCACCAGUAGUACGGAAAAAUAUUCACUCCCUAACUCCUCAGGAGAGGGCUCAGUUCUUGGAUGCUCUGGAUCGUGCAAAAAACACCAUUCAUCCUGACUAUGUAAUUGCUACUCAGCAUUGGCUUGGAAUUCUUGGGCCAAAUGGAACUGAACCACAAAUAGCGAACACCAGCAUCUAUAAUUUCUUUGUCUGGCUUCAUUACUAUUCGGUCAGAGAUACAUUGUUAGGGCCAGGACGUCCUUUUAAAGCCAUUGACUUGUCUCAUAAAGGACCGGCCUUUAUCACAUGGCAUCGAUACCACCUGUUGCUGCUGGAGAGAGAUUUGCAGAGACUAAUUGGUAAUGACUCCUUUGCUUUACCAUACUGGAACUUUGCUACGGGCAGAAAUGAGUGUGACGUGUGCACAGAUGAAUUGUUUGGGGCCCCUACACUGGAGGAUCCUAAUUUAAUCAGUUCUGGUUCAAGAUUUUCAAACUGGGAAAUUGUGUGUGACAGCCUAGAUGACUAUAAUCGUCGGGUUACCUUGUGUAAUGGAACUAAUGAAGGUCGUCUUCGAAGGAGUCCAGUCAACAGAUCUGGUGGGCGACUGCCAACUAUGGAAGAUGUACAAAGAUGUCUUUCACUGAAAGAAUUUGACAAUCCACCUUACUUUACAAACUCCACAUUUAGUUUCAGGAAUGCACUUGAAGGCUUUGAGGAACCAGAUGGAGAACUGGAUUCUUCUGUAGCGAGCCUACACAAUCUGGUGCAUGAUUUCUUGAAUGGAACCAGUGCGCUCUCACACUCAGCUGCCAAUGAUCCCAUCUUUGUGGUACUUCACUCCUUCACUGAUGCAGUAUUUGAUGAAUGGAUGAAAAGAUUUCAACCAUCUGAUGCGGUUUGGCCUGAGGAAAUGGCACCUAUAGGACACAAUCGCUUGUUUAACAUGGUGCCUUUCUUUCCUCCAAUAACAAAUGACCAACUCUUCACAUCUGCUGAGGAGCUGGGAUAUUCAUAUGCUAUUGAAUUACCAGCCUCUGAUCCAGACAGCCGUGCAGUCGCUGUGGUGGUUGCAUCAACUGUUGGUGGAGUACUUAUUGCCUUGCUUGUCCUUUUGGUGUUGCUUGUUCUUUUCAUACAUAGAAAACAGCGACAAGGCUUUGAACCACUAAUGAAUGCGAGCUACAACAGUACAAAGUAUACAGAAAAUGCAUAAUACAGUAUAUACCUUUUUACAGUAAUUACUUUUAUGGGUAUUAUGACUUGGUGUAUACUUUGUUGAAAGUAAAGCACUUCCAGAUCGAAUAUCAAAUUUGCUUGUUUAUUUAAUCACUGCCUAGAACUGUUAACUUAUUAUAGCAUUAUGUAAAAGCUGCUUGGUAGCAUGUGGCUUAAAUGUAUCAUUAACUUUCCCACACUACAGGUUAAAAACAAAAAUACUGACAUGAUUAU